AUGCUGGCCGCGGGAGGGUCGCUGAGGCUGGUCCCGCAGCCCCUCGCCCCACCAAGCCGUCCUCUCCGCCGAACGAUGGCGGCAGCGGCCCCCCCGCCGCCGUCCUCUCCGUGGGCGGCGGCUCCGCCGCGGAGGCCUUCCGCUGCCGGCUAUCCCCCGCCGCCGUGGGUCUGCCGCGCGCGGCGGCGGGUGCGGUACGGAGGCGGAGAGGAGGAGGAGGAGGAGAAGGAGCAGGGGCACAACUGGGAGCUCGCCCUGGUGGAGUCCUUCAGCGCCGCCGCCAGGGACCAGGCCUUUCUGGUCCACGCUAUCGUCGACGGAGAAGAAGAGACGGUCCUGGUCUUCAGAGUGAGCUUUCUCUUGACCUUGCUCCUAUUGGGCUGAGAAUAGGCGCAGCUAAAACAGGCCCAUUUCUGAAAUCCCCUCGUUUUCUCCGGACAUUUAAGAAGUCAAUGCUCGUAUCAAACCUUUUUUUUUCUCUUGUCGUUGACUUUUCAUGCUACGAACCAUGAAACGUUGGAUGGAAUGACACCUUAACAAUAGUCGAGUCAAUUUUGUCAAUCAUAUUAUUCUCAUGCUAGCGGAGUUAGACUUUUCUAUGUGAGGAUUCAAGGAGUCAAUGAUCAUGUGGCACCAUUUUCAUGCCUUUGGAGUUGACCCUUCCCCUAUUGGUUUUCUUAUUGAGACCAUGAAACCAAGGAUCAGAUUGACCAGCAACAUUAGAAAAGUCAAUUCUAAUAUCAUGCUAGUUUCAUCCUUGAGUAGUUGACUUUUCCUCUAAAUUUCCUCGCAUAACACAUGAAAGCUAGAAUCGAUCGAAUUGGUUGACAGUACUUGAGGCGUCAAUUCUAAUUUUGUGCCAGUUUCAUCCCGGUAGCGUUGACUUUUGCUCUAUUUUUAUUUUUCUCUGGAACCAUGAAUCCUAAGAUAAAAGUGGAAAAUGCAAGUCAAAAUGUCUCCGAGAUCACAAUUCCUGGCUGAUACAGCUCGUCUUAUCUUAUGGUACACAGUGUUCAUCGAACAUAAUAUUUCAUGCUUCUUAACCCUAGUUGACUAAUGACAACAUCCAAAGGAAAUGAGCCAUUGAAUCAUUUGACGAUUAGAUUGACUGUCUGACACGAUCUGCCUCUGCCUUGGCUCGACACAUCACUACUAUGCCCAAGGGAACUAAACGUCAAAACCAAUCACGAUUUCAAUCGAGGUUGACCAUGUCGAAUCUAAUCCAUCUUGAUCCAACACAACUCAUGGCAAUAUCACCCACCCACGAUCUUCAUUGAGUUGACCAUAUGUGAUCCUGUCCUCCUUGACCAAAUUUGAAUCAGGGGAACAUCUGGAGGACCCAUUUCUUACCAGGAUAGAUCUUGGCUGACCCAAGUUGACUUGCUACGAUAUCCAUCCAGAGGAAUGAUCCAACCAUGGCUGUGGUCACGAUUUGACCACAAUUCAGAUCACGAUCUUCAUUAGUCUCAAUCAUGCCCAGUUGAGGGCAGAGCCGAACCAUCUGAUCCGAUCUGAAUUCCGAUCAAGAUCAAGAUCGACUGGUGCGCCUUGGGCCGGCUUGAUGCAUGACAAUCAUCUAAUGACACCAUCUGAGCUUGACUGAUUAGAUCAGGUCGCCCAAUCACAUUUCAGCAAAUGGGUUGCGCUCUUUAAGAUUUUAUUUUAAAGAAAUUUCGAAAAAAAGACAUGAAUUUUGUGUGUGGGCUGGUGCAGGGGUUUUCGUCGCUGCUGAGCUCGGGGACGUCGCCGGACCCGGCGAGGAGCGUUCUGCCGGCGCGGGCGGUGGUGCAGUCGGUGGACGUGGUCAGGGGACCCUUCGACCCCUCCAACAUCGAAUACCUCGAGAGGGGCCUCUCAUGGGGGCUAUUCAAGGCCAGGCUCACGCCGGGCCGGCCCUUCUAG